UCGCGCUGCGCGCUUAAAAAAGGUCACUCGUCGUGGCGGGCGCGCGCGGGGCAAACGUAAAAAUUUUUUCGCGAAUCAGCCAUGAGACUGAUCGUUUUGUUCUUUAUCUGCGUACUGAGGGUACGGGCGGACAGUAACGGCUCGGAUCUCGGCAGCAAGGACGAUGACAUGGUGACUUGCCUCAUCAACAGCGGUCUCGAUCCAGGCAUUUACAGUGGACAGAAAAUCGGUGCCAGCGCGCCCACAGAAAACCAGACCAAUUGCUACUUGGCCUGCAUGUUCAAAAAAAUUGGCUACAUGACCAAGGACGGGAGCAUCGACGUGGAAUCGAUACUCAGCACCAGCCACGGCCUGAGGAAGCGAGCCAAAGCCAGACAGAGAUUGGACGAGAUCGUUAACCAGUGUAACAUGCACGCCAAAGAUGACGUUUGCAAACUGGCGAGGUGCUUUCAAGAUCUUCGCAAGUCGUUGCUGGAAAAAAACUGAAACACCUGAUGUC